UGGAUGUCCAAACAGUAAUCAAUAUGAUGUUAUUGUAAAGCUUAAUAACUAUUCUACACCACCUUUUGAAACAAACCCAAGUGAUAUGUCUUGGAACUAUUUCGAUAGAGCGGAUGCAUCACAUCUGCAAUUCGAUAGCAACCACAAGCUCUUCAGCUGCACGGAUUUGUACAUCACUGAAAAUAUUUGAGAAUUGGGACCACAGUCAAAAUGAGUAUUGAAACAACAAGAAGAUUUGAGGGACCACCUCCAGGAAUCAGUGCAGGCUAUAAACAACAACGUGCAAGGAUUAGGAUGGAUGAAGAAAUAGCAGAAAAAGCUUAUCAAAUAAAACUGGAGAAGCAGAUCAACGAGCGAGCCCUGUGGAACCAGGAGCUUGAGGAGAAGAGCAACUUCAGGAAGCACCAGGAGAACACGAAGCGGAUACAAGGGGAGCUACGCAUGGCCACCAGGGCAGCUAUAGCGUACCUUUUCAGUCUUUCCCUCAGGUCCGGCGAGUAGCCCUGAAAAAGCUUAUGGAGAAGGAAUUUGCAAUGUAUGCAGAGGAGCUGAAGACACAAGGGAAAACACUUUACAAGCAGAGAGUGUGAUCACCAUGAUCACAACCAUAUAUCUCUUGAUGUACUCAAACUCCAAAACCUGUGCUCAACAUUGUCAUAGUUAUCUCUUCAAUUGUUCAGAAUUGACAUUUGAAAUAAGUCACAACUCAUUUUGGUAAAGUAAAGUUGUUACUUUUUUAUUUCUUAUGCACAUUACUCCCCAGAAUCUUGUUUACUGCAGUUUGCAUGGUUUAGGUAAGCUGAGGUUCUAAUAUUUUUUUGCCAAUAAUGAUAUUGAUUUUAUAAACCAAAUAUGCUCCAUUUUCAGAUAAAAACUGAAAUUAUUUACUAUUAUAUUUUGUGUCAGUAGAUAUAUAUAUUUUAUCUUCAGCUUCUAAGCCAUAUUUCAUUGAUCUGUUAUACUCACUUCAUGGACACCAUUGUUCAUACAUGUUAUUUUGGCCAUUGCUUGUAUAAAUGUAAGAUAAUAUGGCAGCAAUUAAGUGUGUAAUGUGUAGGUGUACAUGUCUUAACAAGUAUGUAUGUUCUCUGUAAUUGUUAUGUUUUCUUGUGGUAUUGUUCAGACUAGUAUUUAUUCAAUGGCAAGAAAUAAGUUCUAGAAUGUACCAUGUGUCACUUACCUCAAAUCCACAAAGCCAAAUAUAUGUUUGUGAAAGCAUAGCAACCAAAGACCUUGUAAUGCAUCAUCAGCACUUUUAUCACCCGUUAUGGUUAUUAUCACAAGAAACCAAAGACUAGCACUGUGGCAAGUCUUACGAACAGGAAAUAACCUGUCUCUCUAUAUACUACUCAAUUUUUGAUAGGGAUGAUACAAUGUGUCAGAUAUAUUUUAAUAUACACUUGGCAGAUAGAAUCUUUUUUGUGUAUCAUGGACAGAUACAUAUAUCCCUAUAAAAAGUGAAGUACCCGGUAGUAUAUAUCAAUGAAUAUAUCUCAUUGAUAUUUUUAGUGUCCCAGGCUGGCAACAUGAAGCAUUCUUAACUUAUUUGGAAGAAUUUCACUGCUGUCAUUACUGAUGGGGAUUUCAGUCUUAGACUGAAGAAAGUCAACCACUGACAUGACUAAAUUUCAGUAUAUUUCUUAUCCAAAUACUUUCUUGCAUUCACAAUAUUUGUAUGUGUAAUGGACGCAAUACUUUGUGUCUGGUACAACCCUGCAUGAAGAAAUAACACAACGUAAGAGUUAUGCGAUCAUUGGCACUGUUAUGAUUAUCUUGCCAUGGAAAUGUCAACCAAAGACCUGUAACAUGUCUUAUAAACAUGAAGAAGUAUUAUCUCUAACAACAUCAGCAUUAUGAUGACAUUGUACAAGUCUGUGUAGCAUCUGUAUGUUUCAGUCAAUAUAUUCUGUGUGAAAUAAACCUGAUAUUCAAGUGU